CUCGGCGGAAACGCAAUCAAGGAAAUCCCUGAAAGAGCCUUCGAGAAUAUGCCAAGACUUAGAGUAAUGUACGUAACAACUGAAUCAUAAGCAUCAUUCAUCUUGUUGAUGCCUUUCUAUUGUUAACAUUUGUUUUUAAUUUACUCAUUACUUUACUUGUCAUUCUUCACCUAAAAUCCAGGUUUUUGUUCUCUUUUAGCUUGCUUCAAAGUAACAACCUAACGAGAAUCCCUGAUCAAGCAUUCAAGAACCAAACAACUCUUGAAGUAAUGUACGUACGAAAAUGACUGCCUUUGGCAGUUGUGACUAUUCGCUGUACCUUUUGUACAGUAACAUGGGAGCACCAUAGGUUUAGGGUUAUUUUAUUUUAAUGGAAGGAAACAAAAUAUUGCAUAUUCUUUCGUAAUAUGGAAGCAGCUUGUGGUACCCACACAAGCAAACACUGAUCAACUAUAUAGAUUGAGUGCAAAGUACGUACGCUGGACCAAAGUCCAUUUUGCACAGUGCAAUAGAAUCCCACCAAUUUAUUCAAUUAUAAUCCUAAUUAACAGAGAUAUGUCCAGAAAUGCACGCAUUGGCGAAAAUGGCAGAAAUGGCAAUUAAUCGCCAAAAUCGCCAAACUAUAAACAAAAAUUCAAAUGAGAUGGCAAAGGGGCCCUUUGGAAAGUGGCGAUUUCGGCGAAAAUGGCAGAAAUGGCGCUUAAUCGCCAAAAUCGCCAAACUGUAAACAAAAAUUCAAAUGAGAUGGCAAAGGGGCCCUUUGGAAAGUGAGGAUUUUGGCGAAAAUGGCGUGCACUAAUUCUGUAUCUUUUCAUCAACCACAAAUAAAAAAAAAAUAUAGAGUGCAUGUUGGCCUCGUUCUUAAAAUGUGUUUUGGCAGAAAUGGCAAUUACUCGAUGAAAUACCUAAUUUGUCAAGACAAAUUGAAAUGACAUAGCAAAGGGUCCCUUUUGAAAUGGCUAUUAAUUGCCAAAUAGUUAACCACAUAUUAAUAUAAAAAUGUUUCCAAUAGUAUAAUUGAUACUAAUAAUGACACUAAGUGUCAUUAAUCUGUUUUAAUGCUUUUACCUUUAAUUGAUAACCUCUUGUGAUUUGAAAUUCGUCCCACACAAGAGUGUUCGGUCGGGAAUUACCACUUAUAACUAAUUUCUUGCUCAAUUCAAAUCGAAUGGCCAACGAGUUGUAUUCAAUUAUCAGUAAAUGGUAAUCUUCGUAAUUUUCAUGGCAACUUUCUUACCAAAAAAUCCAAGAUAGGUAUCCUUAAUUUUCCAGGCUUGUAGGCAUUGUUUGAAUAGCGACAGUUCAACAUUAUAUGUUAUGAGGAAUCCAGGUUGGUUCUUGGCUACGCAUUCAGAUAAUUAGAUGGUCCGUAUUGCCUUGUAUAUCCAUCCUGUUCGUUAUAAUGGCGUUCAAUCGUACAAGUAUAUAUAAACGAGCUGGUUCAUUGCAGUUUCACAGAACAUGAACGUAUAAGGUUUAGUAGUUGUUAUACAGACGCGGCGACCAUGUUGAAAUAGUCGAUUUUGGAUAACUACUCUAUGUAAGUAGAAACGAUUAGUGUCAUUCCCAGCCGACUUUGGUGGUCACUCUAUGUUUAUAGCUCCUCUAUGUAAGCAAAACGAUUAAUGUCGUUCACAGGGACUCUCAGGCAAUUGUUAAAUAGAAGGUAAAAAGGCCGGGUGACGUGUUUCGACGAGCAUUAGCAUUAGCAAUUUAAUGGAAACAUAUUGUACUGAGAAUUGGUUUGGUGGUCUCAGCGCAAAAAAACAAUACAUUUUCUAAAUUUCUGGCCCCACCUCAUAAAGCAAUAAUGGGACACAUUUUUGAAGAACGAGACAAACAUGUACACUCUCUUUUUAUAUAUCUAGUUGAUGAAAAGAUACAGAAUUAGUUUGAAUGGGAUAUGUUUUAUGAAAGAGACAAACAAGUUAUUGCUUUGAUCCAAUGUUUAUGUUCAAUAAAUGCGGUGAAGUAUUGGGCACAAGUGACAUUUCGUGCAGGUUUACAUAAAGUGGAAAUAAGCGAAAUCACACAUUUCAAAAUGGCGCACGCAAACUGCUGGACAUUUCGGCUUUCGUUACUUUUAGGGGACCGUUUCUCUAAAGAGCAAAGCAAGUAAGUGCGAGAAGAAAGGGAAGAGUUUAAAACGACGGAAGAAGAUAAUGUGUAUAGUGGAGAACCAAAAAAGAAUGAAGGGCACACACUAGCUGGUUAUCGUGAAAGCAUCUUUUAGCCAGGAACCAUGCGUUUCGCAAUCGCUUUUGAUUUAAGGCUGUCUCACAAUUUAAUGGAACCAAUGUGAAGAGAAUUGUAACCAGUGAGGAUUGUUAAGGUCUACAUCGAACCUCAAAAGUUAGAGUGUCCAUGGCAAGGAAUUAUUAUGAUUUCAAGGACUUGGUAGUUCUCUCCUCGAUUAAUUAGAGUGUCCAUGGCAAGGAAUUAUUAUGAUUUCAAGGACUUGGUAGUUCUCUCCUCGAGUAAUUAGUGGACUUGUAAGUCUUUGAAAGGAAUGAAACAAUACAAAAGCAAAUGAUGCUAGUGUGAUAUUUCAGCGCAUCACAUCACUUUUGGUAAGUCAAGCGACAUCGAAAGUAAGGAAAUGUUUACUUAACCUGUGGAGUACAUGGCACAAAUACAUGUUAGCUUAACUGAAACGACUUGCAUUUGUUGUUUUCAGAUAUAUUUGAUUCAGUUGUAUUUGAUAAAAUAAUGUUGUUUGACAGUUAGGUAAAGCUGUUUUGUCAUAUAUUUGAUUCAGUUGUAUUUGAUAAAUGUUGCCUCACAGUUAUUGGGGCCUCUUAUUAGGCAAGUAAUUUGAACUUUUUUUUUUUGGUACUGUUGCCUCACAGUUAUAAGGACCUCUUUAGUUAUCUACUUUGAAGGGGCCACUUUUGGCAUCCAAUUUGAAUAUUUUGCCACAUAUCGCCAGCCUCCAAGGGGCCACUUUUGGCAUCCAAUUCAAAUCGCCAGAGGCUGGUGAUUUUUCGCCAGUUUCACCAUUUUCGCCAUUGCAUGCAUGGCGAUUUUUGCCAAAAUUGCCAAUUUCGCCAAAAUCGCCAUUUUCGCCAAAAUCGCCAGCCUCCAAGGGGCCACUUUUGGCAUCCAAUUCAAAUCGCCAGAGGCUGGUGAUUUUUCGCCAGUUUCACCAUUUUCACCAUUGCAUGCAUGGCGAUUUUUGCCAAAAUUGCCAAUUUCGCCAAAAUCGCCAUUUUCGCCAAAAUCGCCAGCCUCCAAGGGGCCACUUUUGGCAUCCAAUUCAAAUUGCCAGAGGCUGGUGAUUUUUCGCCAUUUUCGCCAUUGCAUGCAUGGCAAUUUUUGCCAAAAUCGCCAAUUUCGCCAAAAUCGCCAUUUUUGCCAAAAUCGCCAGCCUCCAAGGGGCCACUUUUGGCAUCCAAUUCAAAUCGCCAGCGGCUGGCGAUUUUUCGCCAGUUUCGCCAUUUUCGCCAUUGCAUGCAUUUCUGGACAUAAGUGAAUUAACAAGCACUGGCUAGACAUAUCUCUUUAAAGCACUAUACUACUCUUUAUUUAUUUUAAUCAACUUUUCAAGGCGCUGGUAUCAGUUAACAUAAGAACUACUAAUCACUGUAAAAUUUGACUAGUUAAAAUAACCAAUGAAAAUUGUUGCAAAAUGCAUCUGAGAGGAUCCUUUUGUUUUAGUCAGAUUGACCAAUUUAGAUUGGUUUGAAAUAACUGGAUUCUUUUGAUUUGAAAUAACUAGUUUUAAAGCAGUUAAAAUGAAUAUCAACAGGGUUAUUUUGACCUUUUUGUUUGGUUGUUUUUAGUUCAAUAUUUAUGUUGUUUUAACCAUUAAUAAAUGGUAGUUUUAACUAGUUUCUUUUAAGUAAGAAUGACCAAUAUUUUUGGUUAAAUUAACUCACUUUAUUUAGUUAUGAGACCAUUUCAAAUUAGUCAAUUCAACUAUUUAAAAAACUACCCGGGAUGCAUCUGAGAGAACCCAUUUUUUAUAGUUACUUUUCGUUAAUAUAACUAAAAAAGAAUAGGUUACAAAAAAUUGUUAUUUUAACCUUGAAAAGUCAGUAGAUUUAAAUACUGUAAAAGAGUUAAAAUAACACAUUGAAAUGGACCAAAUUAACAAAACAAUUCGGUUUCAUCUUUAUUGAACGUACAUUUAUGCAGUCGGUUGUAAACAUUCUAUUCAGUAAAAUGGCGUCCUAGAAUGGAAAAUAAAGGACUGCGUCGUACUUCCAGGUAUGUAAUAUUGACUCUUCAUCGGCAUGAAUACCGGCUGAUACAAAUCAUUUGAGGCUAGCUGUUUUUCGAUUUUGUUGCGGUUCUGCAGUCAUUUCUUUGAAAUAUAAAAACCCUUGAAAUUUUCUAAGGGUCAAUAUUCCCAUUGCGCAUGUCCGUUUGUAAUCUUCUGCAUCUGAAUCAUUCUGCAACAAAGAAAAAAUAUAUGUUUUACUGCCAAGUUACAAAUCCUGAACAUUUCCUUUAAACUCAAACUACAAGCUUUUCAUUUUUUUUUCCAUGAUAAGGUUUUGGUUUUAACCAUAUUUCAGUCCAACAUUUCUAUAUCUAAUGAUAAUACUACUAAAAAAACAUUGCUCUUUCAGACAUACUGUAUAUAUAUUAUUAUAUAUAUUUUGUUUUUCCUUUGUUUCUGCCGCAAAAGAAUGGAAAAAAAAACUAAUAACAUUCAAUCCCUCUAAAAGCGGUUCCUAUAACUAAUUCAGUUGUAAUUAUUAAGUAAAUUGGCCAAGUAGUAAUUAACGUGCUUUAUUGAGGUGUGAAAAGCCUGUUGUGUAAAAUGCCCUUGGAAGCGCAAAAAAAUGCCAAAUAACCUCUCUAUAGGGCAAGUAAUUCAUGGUAGUCUCCAUAUAAACUCCCUAAUAUAUUAGUGCAAUAGGUUAUAAUACCAGCAUAGCAAGUAUACCCUUGUAUACCCCUAUAUAUCCUGUGUAGCCAUGAAUACCCUAGUGAUACUGUAUACCCUGUAUACCCCUAUAUAUCUUGUGUACCCAUGUUUACCCUAGUAAUACUGUAUACUUUGUAUACCCCUAUAUACCCUGUGUACCCAUGUUUACCCUAGUAAUGCUGUAUACCCUGUAUACCCCUAUAUAUCCUGUGUACCCGUGCUUACCCUAGUAAUACUGUAUACCAUGUAUGCCCCUAUAUAUCCUGUUUACCCAUGUUUACACUAGUAAUACUCUAUACCCUGUAAACCCCUAUUUAUCCUGUGUACCCAUGUUUACCCUAGUAACUUUGUAUUCCUUGUAUACCCUGGCAUAUCAUGUUUACCCUAGUAAUACUGUAUACCCCUAUAUAUCCUGUGUACCCAUGUUUACCCUAGUAAUACUGUAUACCCUGUAUACCCUAUAUAGUCAGGUCUCUUAGUGGAAAAUAUAGGCCGCAUCGUUACAGACGUGACAAAAGUGUCAAAUUUGGCACAGAGCUUCCUUAGUACCUACCGAUUAAUACUGGAGGGGGUGCCCGUUACAAAUGGUCCUAAUUACAGAUGAAAGGGGGGGUUAACUUUCACCUAUAAUAGCAGAUUGGGUGCCCUGUGGUGAGUACUCUUCUUGUUUGAUUUGGCUAAAAAACAUUUGUUGCAAAUUUUUAAGUUUUUAAUUUGGUAAUGUUUAGUUGUUGUUACACUAUUCAAAAUAGUUUUACAUGUACAUAAUACUGACUAGUGCCCGGUCUCCUCACGGUAAGUGUGACCAUGUUCAUUGGGCGGACUGUGCGGCUAUCAGUGUCACUGCUAAGACUUGCCAGUGAUCAUAUCAUUACAUAUCAACUUAAACAGAUCACAAAGCCAGCUUUCAAAGAUGUCAUACAAUAACAUAAAACGCAAAUGUAUCACAUCCUAAACGAUAGAAUCGUUAAAGUUUGACAUGCCACAUGAACAACCUCAUGAACCGUAACUGACAACGCGCCCACUUUGUAAUUGUGCAGCUAAGAUUAGAUUAUAAUUUGCUUCGUUGGUAACCCUGUCCUUGAGAUAAUGAUUAAAACAUGUCAACCUCGUCCUCAGGGGGAAAAGGAGGAGUAAGGGUGGCACAGUUGGUUAGUGCGCAGCCUUCGGGGCGAGAGGUCCCGAGUUCGAGCCCGGUGUCAACACCUCCUUAUUUCAACUUCUCUUUUUUCUGUGUAGCUUUGACUAGCUUUAAAUACCCUUAAAACGGAGAAUUAAUGGAGAGAGGGGGGUAAAAGGAACGCACCGUCGACCUCAAGUUUAUCACUUAUCACUGUCACGAGUUAUUGACGUAAAAUAUGGUCGCUUUACCUUUUUCUACCUUUUUAUUAAGCCCUGGGGACGAGGUUGUAAAACAUGCCUCUCCAGGAAUUUUAACAUUCUUUAUUUUUUGCACAUUUGCAUUUGAAAAGAAGUGUAUGAGGUCCCUGCAUGCCUAUACACCUGUAAGCGGCUCAUUCACUUCAGAGCCCUUAGACCAGAGUUUUAAUGGUAGGUCUAUACGAUCUUUCAAAAAAAAGGACAGUCGGCACUUGCGUUACAAUUUACAAACAAACUAACUUCAGAAGAGCUGAAAUUUACAGGAACAAGGCCUCUUUUAGCCAACCAAUGAUGCAUCUUUUAUGAAAAUGAAUGUAAUUUGUUUGAUGCAAUUAGGCGAAUACGCCGUGGUUACGAAAUCUUACGAUCAUGAAUUCCUCAAGAGCAAUUCAGUUACCAACUUUUCACAAAAUAAUGCUGUGGAAAAUCACAUAAAAUACCAAAAAAGCAAGGGUCAACAAUAAUUAUGGCCUGGUCCCUUAUAAUAAUGGAGUGGUCAUGAUAAAGAAGCCCAUCAGCCCCAACUUUGACCACUCAAACAGAUUUUUGACAGAUUACAUACUGCAAAACUUUGCAUUCACUUAUGCCUAUGUUGCCACACCAGGAGCCUAGCAAUCGGCUCCUGGUCACACCUUGUUUUUUGCUGAAUAUCAUUCUAAAGAGCUUUACGAAAUAUUUUGUUAAUAGGGGUGUUUUGAACAUGAUUGAUAUUUAGAGAUGGUGACAAAAACGAACACAGAAAAAGUCACAAAAUUAGACGCAUGAAACAACCGCAAUCUAAUAUUCGUUUUACACCGAUAUAAUGGCUUCUUUGGCUGCUAUGCUGACGUUCUUGAAGAUGGCCGGUAGUAUCACAGCUAGUCCCGGGUUAGGUAUACCGUUUAUUACCAGUUUCACGGUUCCUGAGACUUAGGGCCUGUUAACAUAAAGGUGGGAGACCCCAGGUAGGUGAGGUAACCUGCUUAGGUGGGGUAAAAAAAUAACCCUCCUUUACAUGCAAUCUUACAACCCCGCCAUAAUGGGGUGCAGUUUCUCAAGAUUAUAUGAAUGGUCGCUAACCAUGUAAACAAGAAAAAUGCUGGCAAACCACGUCUACGCUCAAUUGCUGCUCUUGCUGCAACCUUCAGUGUUGUGGCUUUCUAUUGUUACCUUUAAUAAUGAAUUAUGGGAAGCCACCCAGCGCCAAAGUGAAUUUUGCGCGAAUUUGAUGUAUCUCGAAUCCGACCCCGACUAGCCUGGGUUUCCUCACCUUGAAACGUUGACAUGGCAAAAUUUGACCUCAGCUGAGAGGGUUACCUGGUGUGGCAGACCGGGCUACCCACCUUGAAGGGUGACCCCACCUAUCAUGUAAACGUGAUCAAAUUAAAAUGAGAGAUUAUAUGGACAGGUGGGUUACCAUUCCUACCUGGGGUCCCCUUCCUCCAUGUAAACAGGCCCUAAAAGUUAGCCCGGCCCCCUUUCUACAGUUUCAGCAGUUAAACUAUUCACCAUUUAUCAUUUGAGUCAAUCUUGUACCACCUGAGUCUCACUUUUACGACUUGAUAAGCUGUUAUUAUUUUUGGACAUGAGUGCUUCAGUGCCAAAUGUAGAGGCUUCAUGAUAAACUGUGCUGUUUUUUGAAGCUUGGGCUAACUUGUUUCUUUCUUUUCGUUUAUGAGACCAGAUUCUUUUUUGUUUGUUUUUGCUUUGUAAAGCUUAGACAAACUGCGGAAAUUGUAAAUGAUAUGACUUCUGCCACGGUGCUUGCUUCUCUAUCAAAACAUGCACUUGCGUCCAGCAGAUAACUGGAUAAAGAGAGACUGAAAGGUAUCCAGGCCUAUGUUAAGCUGAAAAAUUAAUUACCUCCCUAGGAAAGAACUAUUUUGGGUUCUGUCAUUUCGUUAUUUGCUCUUCAUGAAUAGCUGUCAUAAAUCCCUGAUAAUAUGUGAUACAACAGACUCUUUGACAAUUUCUUUUUUCUGAAAUUUUGUUUGCUUUCUUCAGCUUAAAGUGACAAGUAAUGACAAAUAAUACUUGAUAAAUAAGGCUUAAGCCACACAAUAAGGCCUCCUCUAAUUGAAAUACAUUAGAAAAGGAGAAGAGAUCCCAGAAGCUGAGUAGUUGCAAGUUAUGAAGCAAAGACGAGGCCAUCUUAGAAAUGACUUAUGAAAAUGUGGGCGGACUGUGGACUUGCUUUAAGGGCACAGUAAUAAUCAACUUACCGUAUUUAUUCGAUUAACCGCCCUGGGCGCUUAUUAAAUUUUUGGACCUUGAGAGUGGGCGCUUAUUCGAGGUGGGCGCUUAUUCGAGGCUGGGCGCUUAUUAAAUUUUCACCAUUUUCAGCAAGUGAAGUAUGUUUCUUUUGCAACAAAACAAUAAAUGCUAAUAACAAAACGCGAAGAAAUAACAAAGCAAGGUUUCUGUAAAAUACUCUGAAGAAAACUCCGUCCUCGGGGAAGUCUCUUAUUAGAAUUUAUUCACUCAAGUGGGUGGGGUGGGGGUGAACGCUUACUUGAGUUUGAUUGGGAGGGGGAGGGGUGGGCGGUUAUUCGAGGCUGGGCGCUUAUUAACUUUUUCUGCCUUUAGGAUGGGCGCUUAUUCGAGGUGGGCGCUAAUUCGAGGUUGGGCGCUUAUUCGAAUAAAUACGGUAAUUAUACAAUCAAUAAGCAAAAAUGGAUGGGAAUGCCAGAUGUUCGAGUGAAAUUGUUGUUUACAACCUGAGAAUAGAAUUCAGAGUGAUUUAAGGUAUUAAAUAACAAUUUUCAAUCAAAACACCACAGGGACCCCAGCAGGUGAAAUUUACAAUAAUUAUAUCCUGUUUAGCACGCUUCAGUGGCAUAUUUGCAGUGGGCACCCCCUCUAAUAUUCAUGGUACUGCAAUAAGCUAUCGCUGUGCAAAGUUUGGUGCUUUUGUCAACUCUGUAACGAUCCUGACCCUAAGAGACCUGACUAAUAGUCAUACUGUGUACCUUGAAUAACCCUAUUUAUUAAAAACUGAAUCAUUGGAUAAUGCAAUUCUAGCAUUUUGAUUGGCUUAGCCGUUAUGGUAUAUGAGCUAAUAUACCAUGUUCUCCAUAUAUAGUCGGUGUACUCGUCAGUUUAAAAUUGGAAGCUAGCUGAGAUCUUUUUUCACGAAGGAUAAAACGGCGCCCGAAGCAAAUCGUUUUAAUUCAUUUCUUAGAAUACUAGAAAUGCAAUUUCAACGAAAGAAAAAAGACAAAAACAAACAAAAAAGCCACAAGAGCUUGUUUGAAAGUUUGUCGAAAAACACAUGGAACUAAAGUACCUUGACCAGCUACGAAAGAAGACAAGUGUUGUUUCUUCAUGAUCGCGAAGCCAUUCGCCGAUCGAGUCACUCGCCGAUAGAUAACUGCAGCUUAUUUAUCCGACAUCAAGAACAUAAAUCACAAGUAACGAACUACAAAUACAGGCUAUGCAGUCAUUCACUAGAGCAAUCGAGGCGGCAGUAUAGCUUCUUUUCUCGUUCAGCAAAACCAGCUUGUGGCUUCAAACAACUUCAUAACAAGCGACCGAGGUAAUACUGGUAGUUUUUCUCCGUUGUUCUUACUUUUAUAACUGCACCGAAAAUCCAAAUUCAUAGUAAUUUCGACGGCUUUCACUUAAAAAUUCCUUUCCUUCACAUUAUCUGCCAGGUUUUUUAAGCUGUUCUGCUGUGUAAAAUCCUAGAAUCACGAUGAGUUUUUAAAAAACUAAUGUUCAUCGCUACAAUGUUUUGAUUUUUCAUUCAUGCAGUCUAGGCGAGUCCGUUCGCGCGUUGACAGUUUUGAUAGACGUGUGACAUGAGAAUAGCGGAAGUCCCUUGUCUUUUCCGGUUUGUUCUAGUCGGGGCGAUUCAACGAGAUUUUGUGGGCGUUUUUAAUAAAACAAUUAUUCCACUCGGGCUUGUUGGAUAUGAAAUGAUUAUAGCCAACUCGGCGCUAUGCGCCUCGUUGGCUAUCUAUCAUCUCAUAUCCAACGUGCCCUCGUGGAAUAAUUGUUAAAUAUAUUGUGUUUUCAUGUUUACCCCAGUAAUACUGUAUACCCUGUAUAUCCUGUGUACCCAUGUUUACCCUAGUCAUACUGUAUACCUUGCAUACCACUAUAUAUCUUGUGUACCUAUGCUUACCCUAGUAACACUGUAUACCUUGUAUACCCCUAUAUAUCCUGUGUACCCAUGUUUACCCUAGUAACACUGUAUACCUUGUGCGUUCGAAUUGGUGACGCAGUUUCUAAAGUACUCCCACUUGAGUUCGGAGUUCCGCAAGGCUCUAUUUUAGGUCCGGUUUUGUUUACAAUCUAUGUUAACGACCUCCUUUCUGUUCCUAAACGUUGUCUAUCUGCCUCCUAUGUUGAUGAUUGUAAAUUGUAUUUGUCCUUUUCACCUGCCGAAUUACCCACGUCCAUCCUCGCCUUAAACGAAGAUCUUACGAGAAUAUCUCAGUGGUGCUGUAAAAACUCUCUUUUGAUUAAUCCGGACAAAACUAAGGUUCUAGCUGUUGGAUUACCACAACUUUUAAAGAAACUGUCAUCAUUCAGUAUAACACUUUUUGACAAGGAAAUAACACCUGUGCCUGUCGUUAAGGACUUGGGUGUUCUUCUCGACACACGCCUCAGUUAUAACCAACGUAUCACUGAGAUUGCCUCUAAAUGCCUUUUUAAAUUGUACCAAAUUAACAGAAUCAAGCACCUCCUGGAUAGGAAAACACUUCUGUUAGUAAUAAAUUCAUUUGUCUUUAGUAAACUCCAAUAUUGUUCAACUGUCUGGAGUAAUACCAGCAGCAGCAAUAUUGACAAGUUACAAAAAGUCCAAAACUUUGCUGGGCGAAUUAUUCUGGGACUAAGAAAGUAUGACCAUAUUUCGGAUGGGUUGCGAUCGUUGAAAUGGCUUCCUAUUAGAGAGAAACUCAUUCUAAAUGACGCUACUAUGAUGCACAAAUGUAUUAACAAGCUUGUUCCAGACUAUCUUGCUGAUAUGUUUAAAUCACGUUCUCAUGUCCAUAAUAGACAAACUCGAUCAUCUGGUGCUUUGGAUAUACCUUUAUGUCGCCUGUCAACAGGGCAGCGCUCCUUUGCUUUCAGAGGAGCCAAACUCUGGAACUCCUUGAAUGAUAACAUUAAGUCCUUAAAAUGCCCCAGGAAUUUUAGACGUCAUCUUGCAAAUGUUUUAUUAAGUUGAUAUAUUAUAUUAUAUUAUUGAUAUAUAUUUUGUAAUUAUAAUAUUAUUGUAUUUACAUUCUCAAUUAAUUUAUAUAUUUGUAUUUUUUUUUUAUUCUAUUGAGCUGAAAAGCCCACUUAGGGAGCAUCAAUAAAGUGUAUGUAUGUAUGUAUGUAUGUAUACCCCUAUAUAUCCUGUGUACCCAUGUUUACCCUAGUAAUACUCUAUACCUUGUAUUCCCCUAUAUAUCCUGUGUACCAGUAAUUGGUUCCUGUGUGUACCCAUGUUUACGCUAGUCAUACUGUAUACCCUGUAUACCCCUAUAUAUCCUGUGUACCCAUGUUUACCCUAGUCAAGGUAUACAGUAUUACUAUGGUAGAAAUGGGUACAGAAGAUAUAUAGGGGUAUACAGGGUAUACAGUGCUACUAGGGUAAACAUGGGUAAACAGGGUAUAUAGGGGUACACAAGGUAUACAGUAUUACUAGGGUAAACAUGGGUACACAGGAUAUACCAGGGUGUACAAGGUAUACAGUAUUUCUUGGGUAAACAUGGGUACACAGGAUAAAUAGGGGUAUACAGUAUCACUAGGGUAAACAUAAGAUAUAUAGUGGUAUACAAGGUAUAAGAGAUAACGCACAGAACGCGUCAUCAGAAUGGAAUGGGCAAAAGAGAAACAUUAUCGUUAAUUUAUGACAAAUGUAUGCAACCGGGUAGUCUUAACAGCGACAAACUUAUGCAUUGACAUGAACGCACUACAAUGUCUUGUCACGGUAGAAUCGAGUACUUUUAGUUGCUAACUUUGAAAGUGUGGAAAUGUUAGUGUUCUUAGAAACGGAUAUGAAAAUUUUUCCUUCAGACUUCCGGUUAUUAAAUCGGUAACCUUUCAAGUACAUUUUCGCUUAAUUAAUAGGAAGGUAAAUUCGAAAAAGAUAAUAUGCUUAUUAUCUCUGAACUCACUGUAAAAACAUUUUGAACACGAAAGAAAACCUUAAAAAAAUUGUUGGUGCAGAUACCUUUAAUUAACAUGCUUUUAGGAAUAUCUACUUCGCAAUCCUUAAAAUUACUGCCAGCAGAAUAAAGAAGUCUAUAAUUCGACAGUUUUUUCGAUUUAUGCAAUUCUUUCGUUGUCUCCUUUUUUAUCUCGUUGUCAUUUCACUCUUGGAGUACUGAACUCAUUGACUGUACGUUGGUCCACGUAGAGUUUCAGCUCAAAUGUUUAGGCAAGACAUUGUUUAAAAUAGUAAUUAAUUUUGAAUUUGGUAUCACUGAUGGGAAAGUAUUUACAAAUAUGUGAGCCGGGUCAAGAGAGAAAGCAAGAACCUGCAAGCUGCAGAUUAUAGCCCAAGCAAGGCUGCCACAAGUGACAACCUCAGCAAGGAAAUUGCCAGUAGGCAAGCAAUUAAAUCUUGCCUUGACAAAACAACGGCUUUUAACUGAGCAUAGGAGUUAAGCUUUUCUUCAACCCUUAGCACACUUCACCAUUCUAUUUAACCGUGACAUUCACAGAAAGUCAUGUACACAAGACGAAGGAAAAUAAACUGACACUAGAAAAAUUUGGUCCAUUUAUCAACAAUUCAGUCCUCCAAGUAGUUUAAAAUAAAAAUACAUGUACAUACAUCAUCUGACUUCUCCUUUAAACAUGAUUCUCUGGUCAAUAGUAACUGUUUUUCAAAUCCUCUAAGGCAUAACACGUGGCAAUAAAAAUGCAGUCUUCGCUGCUGACGUUUUGGCGCUAAAACUAACGAACCACCAACGGUAAUCGGUAAUUCACAAAAAAUUCAGUUGGACGUAUUCCUCUACUUUCAUGAUCCUUAUUCCCCUUUACAUCGGUCUCCUCUCGGGUUAAUUGUUCUGGGAGGGUAACCAAAACUUUUAAGCGCAAUGGAGACGUUUAACUUCAAUUCGAAAUCUCAAAGAUAAAGUAAUGAACACCAACAAUGGGCUAUACCGCUCUUUCACAGAUUUUCGACCAAAAGAGACACUGUUCGCAGCACUGGCUCUGUUUUGCGAUUUCAGAUGGUAAGAAAACUGUUUCAGGUGUUACAGUACGGUGAAAUAAUUCUUCAAAAGCCUGAAGAAGAAACCCAGGGCCAGACUAAAGUUUUUACCUCAAUCUCACAAAUUAUGGAAUUUGUACUCACCUCGAAAUGCGUCGGUGUAAUCGUUGAAUGGUUUCAUUAACUCUAUCCUUAGCAGUCACUUAGAGCCUCUAUCAUCCCCUGCUAUAACAUUCGGCCUUGAUACAUCAUUGUUAACUUGAGAUCCAUGGAGAUGUUGACUUAAAAUCUUCAAAUUCACGGAGCUUCAUUUCAGCACAACCUUCGUGUAGGACAGUCGGAAUACACAGAGGCAAACAAAGGUUAUUCAGGAGUCAAUGUUCAAACAAAACAUCAUCGAUCCUGAUUGGACGAAAGUUCGCGCCCUGUCACUUUAGCUUCCGGUGACUAAGAUUUUAGAAUAAUGUAGCUACGGUAUGUGAUCUGUUGAUCUACUGCGUUUCCUUUGACUCACGAAAUUCAAGUUGUUGUAAAUUUCCUUUACUUGAACUGUGAGCCGAAAACGAUAAUACGAAAGGAGAGACGAAAUAUUAAAAGGCGAAAAAAAAAAUAGAACAACAACAAGAGAUGGUGUUACAUUUUUCAGAAAAGAUAGGAACCACAUUUUAACUGUCAACUAAUUAAAGUCAUGCUCUGUUGUACAGUCGGUUGCAUCAAAGGAGGAUAGUUGUUGUUAGCUGUCACAAUAUUUACUGUUGCUCAUGUAAGCAAUUCCGCAGUUUGUAUAAGUCAACAUUUAAGUAAUAGUAAUAGUGUAAAGGAUUGUAAAGCAUAGUCUUGUUCUUUUUUAAUAGACUGAUUUUGACUGAUUUUUAAAAAUGUCAUUAUACCACCCACAAUACUAGUUGAAUUAACUUAUUUCAAUAGUUAUAUCAACUACUAAUAUCUGUCAUAGAAAUUUCGGUUUGCAGCGUGUAAUCUAUCAAUUAAAUAGUUGAAAUAACAAAGUUUGUUUAUCUUACGUCAUCACUGAAUGAGCUACUAGUGUAACAGACAGUUUUAUAAAGCGCUAGAUGAUCGCAUUUUCACCCUGAUUUUUACAUUAUUUUUCUCUUGUCGCAGAAUCUUGUUGUCGGUUGAACUAAGUUAGGCAACUUAUCCAACUUUCCACUUCAAUUGACAAACAUGAGACCACAAACAGGAAACAGAGAAAAAAAAAAGAAGAAACGAGCGGAAAAAACUAAGGGACGGACCAUCAGAAAACUUAUGAGGGGUGGGGGGGGGGCUGGCGAAAUACAAAAAAAAGAGUUCGCGCAAGGGAAAAUUAAAUGAAAAAAAAUUCUUGCACGCCAAUUAACCCUAAAAAAUAUUCAUACUAUGGCCUAAAAAAAAUUCAUACGAGAAAUUUGAAAACGAAAAAAAUUCCUGCGGCUCGAAAAUUCCCCCCCCCACCCCAUAACUUUUCUUGUCCCUAAAGCACAUGUGCACGACGAAAUAUUUUGGUCGCUUACACUAAUCAGAAUAGUUAAAGUUAUCACAACUAACCUCAAUGGUUAAAACCACAUAUUAAUCCAGGUUAUUUUAACAAUUUUCUUUUGUUGACAAUUUCGACUGUUAAGAACGGUUACAAUGACUAUUGUUAUUAGUUACAACCAUUUAAAACAGUCAUUUUAACUAGUCGAAUUUUACAGUUUUAUAGUUCCAGCUAAAGUCCUAAAAGCGAACAUUCCAUACAAAACUUACAAUUAAAAACAGCAAAUAAACUUUAAACCAGGAACUUUAAGCCAUUACAAAGAAAUCCACAAAUUUAUCUACCAAACAUUAGGAGACCUCCACUUACCAAUGGAAGGAGGGGAAGGGUGAUUUAAGAAAAAGUAAUCUCGCAAACAGGCCUAAAAAUCACAUUCAUUGAGCUAGGUGAAAAGAGUAAGUGAUGCAAGUAAAUGAUAGGGAUGAGUUGGUAAUUUUUCCAACCAGAGAUAGUAAAUUAUUUUCCAGUUUGCACCAUUCAUUGUCUAAAUCCAUCGUCAAAGAGAUGCCUAUGAAUUUCAACCCUUAGCCGCUAAUGUAAGAUCGAUGGAAAUAACGUAUAACAGUAGGCGUUGCUGAUAAGACCAAGGGAACGAAGAGGCGAAAACAACAACAUGCUUUUGGUGUCUGAUAACAUUUUCCAAUUUCGGCGUUUCCUUAAGAAGCAUAAAUUAAAUUUGGAACUUACGUUAAAGAAAUUAUCAGCCACUCAAGCUUCGAUUCAGUCUUUCCCCGGGGAGGAGGAAGAUCGGACCGAGAAUAUAGCGGUGGAAAUUCGGCCUAUUCUCAGGCCCAAUUAAUUGCUUAACUAAGUUUGUAGAUGCCGAAUUCGUUUUUGCAUAGCGAUGUUUUAUAUAAUUACAUCACUUACCGCUACUUUUUAUUUGGUUUGUGAACCAUGGGUCAUCCUUUGCAGAUUAUUCGGGUAAAAAAGAUUACGGACAAUCUAAAUUUCUUAUGAUUAAUUAAUACACCUUAUUCCAAAAUGUUGGCAAUAAUAGGGCCUGUUUACAGGGAGGUGGAGGACUUUGGUGGGUGAGGUAACCCGCUUAGGUGGGAUAACCCCCCUGUCCAUGCAAUCUCUCAUUUUAAUUUGAACCAGAAGCCCGGUCCAUUUCCGAGGGUUUCAAUGGAGUUAACCAAAGCCGUAAAAACUUUAACCGUUAGCCGUAAAUAUGGUAAAAAUGAAAUGAAAAUCGCUCGCGUGAUACCUAUUUUUAAAUCUAAUGAUCAGUCGCUUUUCACCAACUACCGACCUAUCUCGGUGCUUCCCAGCUUUUCAAAAUUCUUUGAAAGAGUUAUCUACAAUCGUUUAAUGCAAUAUCUGAUGAACUUCAACAUCCUCUGUAGUAACCAAUACGGCUUCAGGAAAAAUCAUUCCACUGCACUCGCGCUAAUCGACUUGCAUGAUAAGAUCUCCACUACCUUUGACCGAGGUGAAUUUUCCGUAGGGAUUUUUCUUGACCUCUCAAAAGCCUUUGACACUGUAAAUCAUAUCAUCCUUUUUGAUAAACUCGAACAUUACGGUAUUCGUGGCUUAGCGCUGGACUGGAUAAGAAGUUACUUUUCAAACAGAAAGCAAUAUGUUGAAUAUAAUGGCCACCGUUCGUUAAGAAAUGAAAUCUCUUGUGGGGUCCCUCAGGGUUCUAUCCUCGGACCUCUAUUUUUCUUACUGUACAUUAACGACAUCAACAAUGCUUCUAAUCUAUUAAAUCUGAUAUUGUUCGCUGACGAUACCAAUGUAUUCAUGUCACAUAAAGAUCUGAACUAUCUUUCAGAUAUGUUAAACUCGGAGAUGGACAAACUGUCAAUCUGGUUUAAAGCAAACAAGCUUUCUCUAAAUCUUAAAAGGACUAAAUUUAUGGUCUUUAAACCAAGACAAAAGCGUUCAAUUUGUAAUAUUCAAAUAAGUAUAGAUAAUCAAAAUAUUGUUAAAGUAAAGGAGACAAAUUCCUAAAUCGUCUUUACGUAUGCUCUACUAUUCCUUAAUUUAUCCUUAUUUUUACUACUGCAAUAUCGUUUGGGCUUCAACCUAUAAAACUAAUCUCCACCGCCUUGUUAUCCUGCAAAAGCGCAUUAUUAGAAUUAUUAAUAAAUCACAUUUUAAUGCUCAUACUGACCCCAUCUUUAAGGACCUCGGUAUACUAAAAUUUAAUGAUAUCCAUUUGCUUCAACUGGGUCAAUUUAUGUAUUCUUGCAAAAAUUCAUUCUUACCUCCAAAGUUUAAUAACAAUUUCUCUCAAAGCAAUCAAUUCCACUCUUACAAUACAAGAAAUUCCCAGGCCUACCGUCUACCGUAUUGUCGUACAAACACGAAGAAGUUCUCGCCCUUUUUUCAAGGGCCUAAGUUUUUUAAUUCACUUGACAACAAGAUCAUCAACUCUCAAUCCCUCUCCUCUUUUAAGAAAAAACUGAAGAUUAAAUUAUUGAGUAAGUAUGAAAACAGUUUAUAAAUCUUUCCAUCUUCGACUUUUCGCUUUCUUCUCUUCAAUUGAUGUGAAACAGCUCUAGCUCAUAGUUCGAGGAGGCCUAACCUCUCAUAAGCUCCUAUAGUUUCUGUUAGGUCUCCUCGCCACUUCUUUUUUUUUUUUUUUCUUCUUCUUUUCCUAUAUUUUUUGUAAUUAGUGUGGCAAAUAAAAUAAAAUAAAAUAAAAAGAGUUAACCGUAAAAAGCAUUUUGCUCCUUAGAUUUGAUAAUUUUGAGGAAGGUGCUAAACUCACUUAGAACGCCGGCGUUUCUUAUUUCACGGCUACUUUGACUCUUUAAGUUCACGCUUAACUUCUGCUAGUUUUGCAUUGAACCUUCUAUUCAUUCUACUGUUAUGUCUUUUAUUAGGAAUGGUCCUUUUCGUGGCUCAUAAAAAAUUUUUAGUUGACUGGCAAUAGCUUAACCUUUUGUUUCUAUUUUAAACAAAGAGUUCAUGUUAUUUUAAGAGAAUGAGAAAACUCUCCUGCGGCAAAGAUCUUCAAAGCCGCGUACUUCUAACCUUGGUUCCAACACUUGUAAAUGUGAGGGUCACAGAAAUGUUCGAGUCUCAAUCUGUAUGGUUGUUCUUUUUUAGUUCAUGUUGUACAAUCUGUUCUUUAGUGGGGUAAAGACCCUAUCGUGGUAGUAAAAAGAGAAGAGGGUAGCAAAAUACAAAGCGACGGGAAGAACGAAUCAGUAGUCCCUGAAGAAAAGGAAAUCACGCUAAGAUGCAAAAGAGGACAAACUUUUUCAUGCGAUAGUUAACAUUUCUAUGAGUAAAAUGAUAUUAGAAGUGAAAUUCCUUAAAAGCAUGAUUUAUGAAAUAUUAAAAAUUUUCAGAAGAAUAACAUUUCAUCCCGAGAUGAUCCUAAGACAUUUAUUUUAAAAAAAUACGGGUUUAUUAAUAUUUAACUCUUUGAAACAAAAGAAAUUAAUUGUUAACUUUUUUGUUAACCGUCAGGGAACUGAAAAAAAUUAACCGGUAGCCGUAAAAGAGCCAGAAUUUUACUAGCCGAUAACCGUAAAAGCCACCACCCCAUUGAGACCCUCAUUUCCUGGAACAAGCAACUUCCACGGCGUUUUCACAGACCAGUUUCUUUUCAGAAAGGGCGCGAAUUUAGAAUAUCCUUUAAGACCCACAAACCAGUCAGCAAAACCUACAGACCUAAAAAAGGUUAUAACUUUUGCCUUUUCAGUUAAUGACGCUACGUUUUCGUUUUUGUUAUUAUCUUUAUACUUCGAAUGCGUUCAUAGGUAUUUAGGUAUUUAGGUAUUUUAUUUAUUUGCCACACGAUUACAAUAAUUACAAAAAGAUGCCAAAAAAAAAAAAAUGAAGGAAGAGAUGGCGAGGAGGCCUAAAAGAAACUAUAGAACUUAUGUUAAUUAGGCCUCCUCAAUUACAAUUUUUCGAAGAUGGCGUAAAAAUUACGGCGACGGAUACAAUAUAAUAUGAGGUGAAAAAUUAAACUAAUCAAUAUUACGGAAGUUUACAAAUGUUGAAUAUUAAAAGGCUUUUUCCCAAGAUUUUUGUUGGAGUAUACUAAUAAUUAUUACAAAUAAAUGCCUUAAGUGCUCUUUUAAAGGAGAAAGGUGAGGAAGCCUUGAUGAUGUUGGUGUUUAAGGUGUUGUAAAAUUUAGGUCCUUGAUAAAAAACGGAAAAUUGUUUGGUUCGAGUACGACAGAAAGGCAGACGAAAUUUACACGAGUUUCUUGUAUUAUACGAAUGAAUUUGACUUUGUAAGGUAAAUUUACAGUGAUUCUACAGUAUCAACAUUAUGGAGGGACAAAUCUUCUCGAAGCUUAAACUCUAGAUCGUUUGAAAUAUAAAGCCCUACCCCACCUCCAGUUCUAUUUUGCCUAUACUUGUGAAGAAAUUUGAAACCAUUAAUAUCGACCGAAUGAGCAGAAUCGUUUAGCCAGGUCUCAGAAAUUCCGAUUACAGAAAAUUUUAUGUUUAAGCAUGAUAGAUAGUCAGUCAGCUUUACUAAAUUAUGAGGAAGACUACGAAUAUUGAAAGAGAAAUCGGCAUCAGAAUAAUUUUCGCGUCUGAGCAUUUCGUUAAAUUGAUUUUCAAUAAAUUAGUCGCAGGGUGUCUCAACUGCAUUAAAAUUAAUGUCAGGAUCAAGACUGCCAGACUGUGUCAAAGAAGCGUUUGAGUUUGAAAAAAUUGGAUUGUAACGUAAGCUAGCAAAUCUAUCGGGAUCAAAGUGAACAGGACCAUUCUGUAGUUCAUAUAGCGCCAGAGAAAAGCUAGAAUCGUCUAAAUGAUUAAAGGGCAGUACAUCUGAUAGCGAGUAUUGUGUCACUGUAAUAAACUUAUCUAAUUUAACCACUUAUCUGCUUUAACCACGUCUGUCCUUUACAAUCAAUUUGUCCAAUACAAAAUACGCUAUUUUUCCAUUCCGCUUUGCUUCCUCCAGCUUGGGUCUCUGCUCUUCACGUUUAUCAAGGGUCUCCUUAGCAAGAUCUUCAUUUACGUAUAAACCGACAGGUUUAAUUCUUCUUGUCACCUUCAAUAUUUUCUCCUUUUGCUGAAGUCUCGAAGUUUGCCCACAAUUGUGCGAGGGCGUCUUCUAGGGCCAGAAGCAACCCUACCGACACGAUGAGCACGUUCGAUGUGGAGCGCUUCUUCAAGGUUGAGCUUCUCAGCUAGAACUUGUUUGACUUUUUCCUCUGUAGUGUCCCACGAUUCGUUUUCUUCUUCUAAGAUCCCAUAAAUUCUGAUGUUGUUUCGUCUACUCUGAUUCUCCAAAUAUUCUAAUUUGUCCAUAUGGUAGUCGAUAGAGUCGUAGAUGUCCUCGAUGUCAUCCUCUAUCUCAGCAAGUUUGGUUUUACACGGCUUUAGCUCGUCGAUAUCUUUCUGAGAGAAUUCAAGACUUUGUUUGAAUUCUUUUGUGUCCUUCUGGCAUAUCAUGUUAGGCGAGUCUUAAGUUCAGCCACAGUUCCAACCACUGAAUCUAGUCGAGAAUUGAAAUUGCUCAAAAGCGAAUCUACAAGGGUUUUAAACAUCCUUUCUUGUAACUGAAGCAUCUCAUUCAACAUCGCCGUCGUUACAAAUUCAUUCGAGGGAUUCUUGUCAGCGCUUGGUGAGCCGCCGGAUGUCUUAGAAUUACGUGUUUCUGGCAUAAUUUUAGUGCACAGGAAAAACAAAAAUACUGACAAAUCGAUGAAAUAGGCAAGGAAAAGAGCGAAAUAAUCAAAAUACGAGGAGCUAAAAAAUUAGCGUCUGCCCGCCAUAAAUAUGCAAAUCUAUCUCUCUCAUAGCGUGGUGGAUAUUCCAUUUUCGCGUAAAAAAAUGGCCCUAAAAUGUGUCUGAAAAUAAACCGAUCCGUAAAAACGCCGUGACAUAGGCCUAGUGUGGGAGUUGCUCGCUCCGGGUUAUGGGCUGCUGUAUGAACACGUUGACAUGAUAGGUGGGGUCACCCGCUGAGGCGGGCUGUCCGGUCUAAAGUGCUGAAACAGUGAUAAUUUGUUUGAUUGAAUAGACUUCUUUAAAAUAAAUACACAUUUUUAUUUUUUUGACGAAAGACAGAACGUGAAACAAAAACCGCGAAUUUUUUGGAAACACGGAGUUGCUCCCUCUGACGCACGCUCAUUUCAGUUAAUCAGAACGCGGAGCGUUGUACUGUCGCACUUUGUAAUACCUGUCGCACUUUGUAAUAAAAUUGUCACACUUUGUAAUACCUGUCGCACUUUGUAAUAACACUUGUCGCACUUUGUAAUAAAAAAGCUGUCGCACUUUGUAAUAACAGACCAUCGCACUUUGUAAUAAAAAAAGGUGUCGCACUUUGUAAUAACACUUGUCGCACUUUGUAAUAAACUUGAAAUAGAUGGUCGGAGGACAAGUAAACCCAGUAAUAAGUGUCAUCAUCGACAACAACAACAACGACAAUAAUAAUAAUAAAAUAUUUUUAAAGUUUUACUACCAGCACAGGCAACUAGAAAACCUAUGAUUUCGUUACCUGCGAGGUAUUACUUGAGACAUAUACAGAGAUAUUACUUGAUUUGUAUUUAUUACCAUGAAUAAGCCAUACUGUAUUUCAUAAAACCAAGUGAAAAUCACAAACUCAGAGCCCAACCCGGUACCACAAUCAUUGUCAUCAUCAUCAUUAUUGUCACUAUUAUUUUCGGACUAAAAUGUUCUUUAAAACAUUGCAUAUCACGUCAUUGUGCCACGAUGACCACUACUAAUGAAUGUUGUGGAAAUUUCGAAUACGCUGGAACCUACAUGAAACGGCAUCAUUUUGAUAAAUACACAAAACCAGUGUUAGAUUUGGAUAUAUUUUAAGGCUACGUGCUGUGUACAGCUGAACAUUGUUCUCUGAGAUCGCGUAAACCUAAACUUUACGGAGAUAUUAAAAGCAGAUACGCUAAGAUUACAGCAACUAUGGAAAAAUUAUUAUAUUUUUGAGUAGACAAAUCUCAUAAACGGGUCACAAAUUCAACAUGAAUACGCGCGAACUGAACAAAUUGUCUGUUGUACAUUUUAAAGGUUCUGCUCAACUUACACAAUUUUUCCUUGCUGAACAUAAACUGUACCGAGCCGUAUCUUGGUCCGUUAUAUAUAAGCUACAUCAUGGUUCAAAUUUUAAACUGUAAGAUCCCUGAAAGAGUUCUCCUCAAUGGAGCAUUAUGUAAAAGGUUUUCAAAGGUUUCACGCCGGUGAAGAUGUGCGGCCUGUCACCUCUUGCAAGUUUUUACUUUAUUAUUAGUAUUAUUAUUAUUAUUACUAUUAUUAUCAUUAUUAUUGUCGUUGUUGUUGUUGUCCAUGAUGACACUAAUUACUGGGUUUACUUGUCCUCCGACCAUCUAUUUCAAGUUUAUUACAAAGUGCGACAAGUGUUAUUACAAAGUGUGACAAUUUUAUUACAAAGUGCGACAGGUAUUACAAAGUGCGACGAUUGUUACAAAGCGCGACAUUACAAGCGUGCGAGGACCGUGUGGGAAAAAGAGAGAGGGUGAAGUUUGAUCGCUCUUUUUUUACUCAUUGACAAGCUUUUUUUUUUUCACUGAAUUUUACUAGGGAAACGUUUUUACGUAGUUUGAAUUUAUUUUCAUGGCUCAGCCGAUAUUAAUUGCGUGGACUAGUUGCUUGAAAUUAUUUUUUUCCAAAAUACAAAGCAACGACUUUGAAUGAAAAAAUACAUAAGCUUACAAUAGCAAAAGAAAAGAACAUUGAAUUCAUUUUUUUUUUAACUUUGAUUUGCAUAACCUAGGUCUUACUGAGAACAAUUCGUGAUAAUCUUACCGCAUCAUGAACCAGCCAGUCCACGCAAUUAAUAUCUACUGAGCACAUGAAAAUAAAAUUCAAACAAAGAGUUGAAUCUCGAAUUUUGUUGGGAGGGCGGGGAAGCGUUUUACCGGCUUAAUUUAUUCUCUCAACAAUGCACUAAAGCAAUUAAAGUAAAACUUAAAUUGAGAUGUUUACAGUGACAAAAUUUCUUACUCAAAAAGGUAAUUUCUUCGAUUGAACUUUGACACAAACUGACCUUAAAAGUCUCUUAAAAAACCCCCUGCUCCCUCACUUCUGAUUCCUACCCGAGCGAGCACGACAUCCACGAAAAAAAGAGUCCUUAAAGCAAAGUUUCGUUGCUUGAAGGUGUCAUUUUUUCUCAGAGGGGUAAGUUAGUAUUUUUUCAAACCCUUCCUUUGCAAAUUUGUCCGUUUACGGUGUAUUUUCAAUUCGAUGACACCAAAUUAAUUACUGAAUUUUACGCGACGAUGGCAUGCAGCAGCCACUUUUUCAAAACUUGAAAUAAUUUACCUAGGAGCAAAAAUAUUCCUUUCAGUACCCCCCUAGAUCACUCUAUGUGCGUGCACCGCAAGUAAAAAUGCUUUCCCUUAGCAACGCGAAAAAUAGGUCAGAGGGCCCUUAAAUGAAAGUCUGGAAGUUAAGGAUCGAAGUCCAAUUGGGACCUCAUUACCCCAAAUUCGAAGCCGACUUUAGACAAUUUUACUUGAAAACCAUUCUUUCUUUAAACAGAAUGAUGGAAUCUUUCAAAAUACGACUUAAAGGGGGGAGAAAACAUUAUUUUGAAGACAUUCAAAGACCAGUUACCCGCUUUUGUGCGUAACUUUGAUCUCUAUUGAUGGAACUUUUAAGGCCCUUGUUUCCAGUGAUUGUUAAACUUCUUUGUUCAAUGUUCUUUAUAUGGACUUUUUUGGGUGUCUGACCAACCAAGACCAAGUGACGCAGCAUGUGAACGUUUGUAGAAUCAUAGUGAUAUAGAUUGUUUUAGCGCAUUUUUGAUCGACAAACGAGCGAAUUGACCUUAAAAGGUUAUCUCUUCUUGCUGCUUUCUUGUAAGUCGUAUCAAAAUACAUGUAUGAUGUAUAAGGCUCAGUUUGAUUUACGUCUAGGUACUUACGAGGAAACUCCCUUUUAUAGAGAUUUUUAGUUCCUUUUCUUGAAGGUUGAUUCUUCAUAGUUUCAGUCUUGCAAUUUUUCCAGGUUGAUGAUCAAUUUACUAUCUUCGAGCCAAAUUUCUACGAUGAUUCUAAUUUUCAAUAUGAUUUGGUGAGGACUGUCAAUGUCCUGUUGAAGGGAGACUGAAGUGUCAGUGUUCCCAGGAAAAAGUUGCACUAAACGAAAAGGUGGUAUUAUCAGCGAAUAUAUCAACAAUAGCUAAGGGUAGAUGGUUAAUGAAAGUAAGAAACAAAAGUGGGCGUACAAUGCUUCCUCGAGGGACCCAGUGUGUAAAACUGACUAAAGUCGAGUUGGUGCAGUUUAUGCUAACAUACUGCUUUCGAUAAACAAGAUUUUCUAAACAAUUGUAUGUUAAAAUCGUCGAUUUAAUAUGCCUUCAGUUUAGCAAGAAGAAGGUCAUGCCCUAUUAAAGUUAACGCACAUAAGACCAGCCGCAUUACUGUUGACAAUAUCAAAGAGCAACUGGUUCUACUUUAAAUCGCCGGGAUCAAAUUGCAAUGCAGUUUCGAUCGGUUGAAUUCUCUUCUUCAAAAACUAUACUGCAAUCCAUACAGCAGGUUAUACCUAGAUAGGUACGAGUACACAGAGUCAUAGAUGGGCCUCUCAAAGCUCUUGGAUAGAAUCAGAAGAACCAAAAUUGGACGAUAAUAAGAAAAUCGGUGAACGUAGAAAAAUUGUGUUCUCCGUUCUUACGCGGACAACCUCUUAAAAUUCCGCGUAGAAUUUUACACGCCAAGCAAAGUGAAAUGCAAACGUUCGAGACCAUAAGGAUUUUUUUAUAAUUUUUGUUCACCGCUAUCGCCCUUCCUUUAAAUAACAAAUUUGUUUGUCUGUUUGUUUUUUCAGAAUGCUUUCAGAUAAUCCAGUGGAGAUUAUUGGAUCAGAUGCAAUUUCAACCUAUUCCAACCCAUUAGUGUAAGUUUUCGAUGUACUGUAAUAAAGGAAAGUGAUUCUUUCCUUUCCUUUUUUUACUUAACUUUUUUUUGUAAUAUAUGAUUUCUGGAAUAAAUCCUUGGUUUCCAAUAUUAUCUAUAAAAAUUCUAGAAUAUGCUCUAGCUUGUUUUCCAGAGCGGUUUUAUUGACUCCCGUAAUUGAGCAAGCAGCUCUAAAAACUCGAAAGCUUUUUCCACAUCAACUGCUGCACAUCAAUUUAGAUGUAAACCUGCUUUCUUUGUAUGUAACCUACAUUCUUUCGCUAUAUUUCGCAGUUUUUUUUUUAUGUGUGUUAUUUUUUGUCCUGAAUAAUGUCACGUUCACUAACGUCACAAAUCAUAACGAUUACCACAAAAUCCGAUGACGUGAUUGUUGAGGAUUGAUCAAGGUUUAUUUACUUUUUUCACGAAAGAAGUGUAGAGCAAAAACGAGACAGUUGAGUGUUUCUUCCUACUUCUUGAGUGUUCUAGCCUCUUUCUAAGCGCUUUACAACAGAAUAGAGCACAGUCAAGGCUUCUUUAUUUGUUUUAUGAUAAAGAAUCCGUUAAACUCCCAACGCAUUGCUUUCUAUUUCCCAAAACAAACUUUAUUUUCACAGCGAACCAAAGUGCCGUCAACAUGUUAUACUCUCAUAAAACAUGCUUAAAUUAGCCAGUCACAAUCCGUUUUAUAGAAUGGCGAAAUCUCGGAUUUGACGGUGAGGGUAAAAGAAGAAAUGAAUUUGCGGAAUGGCAUGUGGCAUGGCCCUGCGGACAUAAGUAUGCGGAAUUUAAUUUAUCGAAAAUGGCGCAAACAAAUAAAUUAAACAGGAAAGCAUGCGCGCGUCUCUGCCGCGCGCGCCUUCUCUGGUGCCAAUUUGAAGGAACAACCGCUUUGCCGGUCCAUUUAUUACUGCUAUUAAAACAAGGUUAAAAAUUGAAACACAUCUGAUAGUUCAAGUUCGAGAUCAAAUUUAUGAAAAGCACUUUGGAUACAUGCCAUAAUUAAUCCUUGUCCGCAAAGUAGCCUAUAGCUAAUCGAGGCGGAAGGAAAAGUAAAAAAAUUUAUAAUAAUAUGGUUGAAACACAACAAUAAAGUUAAACAGAAACACGAACAUCAACACAUUAAAUUAACAAGACAGAGAAUACAUAUAUUUCAAAAUAGGUAAAUGAAACAAGGUAUGAAUGAAAUUCAACUGAUAAUUCAAUAUUUACUAAAUAUGCCAAUAAAGUACGCAGGCCAACAUUAGUAUCCUCCUGUAUCAAAAUAUCCAGUAGCCGACUCUGUAAGGUAUUCUUAAAUUUAUAUUUAGGUAGAACACGAUCACUGUCGGGAAUACUAUUCCAUAUUUUUGCACCAAUUCUUAAAAAAGGAGUUCUUCACUUGGUCCGUUGUCGAGUGCUUAAUAUGGAAAUUGUCAGUACACAAAUACUUGAUAUACACCAGUACUUGAUAAGUCAUCGAUAACUCUUUCCAAAAUAAACUGAAACGGUUCUUUACUGACGUCUCUUUUCCAGUGACGCGUAGUGAAAGUACGAAAACAUGUCAAGUUUAACCAUUCUCCUAUCGAGUUUUUACUCUCCUAAUUACAUAGAAAAACAUCGUAAAGGUAGACGAGGUAAAAUAGAACGGAGGAAGAGAGAGGACACUGGGAACGAAGCUGUUAGGAAACCGCAGACUCAGCCUAGCCCCAAAUGAAAUAAACAAAUAUAAAGCCUCGUAAAUACGUGCAGAAGUAUCUUGUUGUAAAUCUGUCUGGGUUUUUAGGGGUAUAUAACCUCUACUUCUUGGCUAAACUCAAAUCAAGGAUGACUCUUAAUCGUAACGCUAGAGGGAUCUAAGGGGUAAGGAACGCUCGCUGAACGUGAAGUCGGGCUAGCUACAAUUCUAGGGAUUUUUUAAUACGGUGAACGAAUCAGAUCAUAUUGGAGACUAAAUGAACGCCCCGCGUCAAACAUUAAUCUAUAAUCCACAAAUCGAGUGAAGUGAACUGCUCUCCAGUGUCUCCUUUCGACCUUUCCACGUCUCUUUGCACCUCCCUUGGUUGUGUCAGUGCCGGUGUGCGUUUGAUCGUGAAAAAAUGCUAAAAGUAGGAAGGGAAAAAAAGAAAAGAAAGGAAUGAAAGAGAAAAGCACACAAACUCAUUUGCAAGGAUUCGAGCUCGUGCUUCUCCGCCAGCUGUUAUUAGCUUCGCGCGCCUGAAACUUUACCACGCAGCCAAGGAAACAAAAUACAAGAUACCGUCGAUCUCUGAAUAUUAUGUCACGAUCACGCGACCCGCCGUCUGAAAUAAAAAAACACUUCUCACGUGGUUUCAAAUGUAAAUAAAGGUUAAAAAAGUGAAGUUGAUCGUGCAAAUAUCUUUUGCAGAAAUCAAAGUCACCUGGUAGAAGGGAGCCGGUGACCCUCCAAAACAUCUCAAGGGCAGACUUUUGUAAUGUAGUAUCGGUGCUGCCAUGCAUGCAGCCCGACUAAUAAAGGCACGGCAGAAUAUAUUUGAUGCUGUUCGAAAAAAGCUAGUCGACCGUGAUAAAUGAAGGAGUCCUUCCUGGCUUUUUGAUUGUCAUCGUUGUUGAGCCCGCAACAUUAAAAAAGCGGCUGCUUGUGAAUUGAUUGGCGCCGCCAAAAAAGGGCGCAAUUUUCAGUUUAAUUUAUUUCUUUGAGUCAUUCUGCUUAUAUUACAUUCCGCAUAACUAUGUCAUUCCUCAAGCCAUGCCACAUACCAUUCCGCAAACUCAUUCCCCCUUUUACCCUCACCGAUUGAUUGUUUGAAUAAGACAAAAGCUGUCAAAGCAUCAAAGCUAUCACAAAGUGAAACGAGCGAAACGUUCAGUGAAUUUGAAUGCAUAAGAAAUGUACUUUUUAUGUCCAAAAUUCAGUUUCUAAAGGUAAAAAGUGCUUUAAACCCGGACGAAUUGCGGUUCACUAAUGGACGUCGUUAAACAUGACAAUUUGAAAGCAACCUGCUUUAGCCUCGUAUCGAGAAGUGCCCAUGAAAACUGAACCUGAAAGUAAGCUUACUAAAAAAUUCUAUAAAAUAGGCCACUUCCGAGUUCCAAAAACCCUCACUUUCAAAAUGAGGCUAGGUGCACAACCUUUCUUGUGGAAAUGAGUUUUAUUUGCAUAAGAAUGAAAAAUGAUUUCUAUAUCAAAGGCUGAGCACCUACCCUCGUUUUGACAGAGAGGCUCGGGGAAACUCGGAACUGGCCUGUUCGCCGACGUUUUCUCAGAAGUAAUGCUGUGGUCUCGCGAUCGUGUUUUGAGCUAAUGUUAUGAAUGAACAAUAGCUCAAAAAAGAUAGACAGAGAAGUUACUUGUUGAAAAUUUUUAUUCAAAAACUAAGAAGUUUAUCGUUGAAAACAAGCAAAAUCGGAUGAGCACAUGGCAAAAUUCAACACAAAGUCCAUCUAUUUUGUAAUUUUCUUUAGCGUCUAUUACAAACGUUUUGAAACAUUUAUACAUUACAUAAAUUCCCAUUUAAAAAGGUAAUUUUCUUGAACAUAGAGUAAAAAAUGCACCUAUAUAAACCUUUAUAUAGAGAGAAAACCGUUUACAUAAAAACCCAUGAAACGGCCAUAAAUCGGCCCGUGGACCACACAGAAGAGACGUAACACACAUUUUAAGUAAGGUAAGCUGUUUUUUAUUGAAAUCCUUUCAUUUUCGUAGGUUACGGAAACGAUAGGUUUUUUUCCCAUACAAAUCCUUAUAUUUUAAUUGUUACGUAACAAUGCCGAUGCUCGCCGAUGCUCAUAUUUCGAGCUUGGGCUAUCUGUGAUAAAACAUGCUUUUUCAACCAAUCUCAUUGCGUGUUGUAUCCGGCAGAAAUUUAUUGUAAUAAAUAAUAAAUAACAGGUGACCCAGGUGGAGAACUGUCGCCUUCUGACCCACGAAAACAAGGACAAAAAAUGCGCUAAAGAGACAGUAGCGAUAAAAUAACUAAAGGAAGGCGAAGAAGCAAAAAAAGGCCGAGAAUGAAUUAAUAAUAGCAGAGAACUUUUCAAGAUUAAACAGGUUUGAAAAGAUAAAAGUUCGGUAAUAACAAUGAAAUCUCUCAAAACCAAAACCAUGUAAAAUACAGUGCUCAGUGUAGAUCAUGAUUUAGAGAUUUAUUUCAUCAAUCAAUUCCUUUAUUGUUAAUAGUCCUAUUUUAAUGCCUUUUUAAUUUUUUUUGGUAUUCCAAUUUAACACUAUUGCUGUUAAUUCUGUUAUUAUUUUAGACAGGGAAUAGUAAAACAUGUGCUUAAGGGCGCUUUCCAUUUGUCAGAACUGACCGAUCGGGCCAUUCCCAGCCUGCAGUGCAUGCGUUUUCUUUGAGCGCGCAAUUUGCUCGCGAAAGCGCCACGUUGAAACUUCCCAAAGAGAGGAGGAGAUGGGGCGAGUCAAAGGGAGCGGGGAGGGGGCGGGGAGAGAGAAGAGAAAACGCCUGCCCGAAACACUGUGAAAAUGAGAAACACUCCCUGAUUAGACGCGCGUGACUGUUCUUCCGGAAAUGAGUAGCCGACAAUAACAAAACAACCAAACAGUCGCUCCAGUCCAAAGGAGUUUGUGAAUGGUCGUGGGUCGUGGGUACAAGUCGUGGGUCGUGGGUGUGGGUGUGCGUAAAAGUCGUGGGUGUGGGUAAUGAUUAAAUAGUAAUUUUUAAUCAUAAUUAAUAAUUAGCAAUGGCACUAAUUUUUGUUCAAUAUUGAUAAUUUACAAUAUCAUAAGUUUUGAAUUUUUUAACUACUCGAAAACAAAACGAACAUAACACGAUGUAUGAAAAUUAUACAACACUUCCCCUACUCUGUUACUCUACCAGAGAUCAUCGACCGCCAGCGCAGGGGGUGGUGGUGGGUACAGGAGCAGUCGAAAAGAAAAAGAAAUAACGUUGAAAUAAUUUUUGUCUUCAAAUAUAACGUUGACAUAGGAAAGCUGUCAAACUUUGUCUCCACCAUAAACUGGCCAAAAACGCUUUCAAAGGGUCUUGCGAAAGCUAAACUUAUUUCACUAACAACGGAAGAACGUCACUAAAAAAACGCGUAGUAGGGCAUCUUCUUCGCUUUCCUUCUGGUAAGCUUGCAUCCAGCUUUGGCCAUAAUCAGGCGUAUUGUCAAUUCCCGAAACAACUUCGGCGUAAGUUCUUUUGGCUAACAUGUUAGUUCCCAAAUAAAGCAAAAAUAGCAGAAUUUAACCGCGACCGCUCUGGAAAAGCAACACUUCGAACCAAUCUCUAGCGCAAAGUAAUACAAUACUUCUCUAAGAACAAUGAAACGUCCGUAUCUUGACUGGGUGUGACCACGCUACUCUGCCGUGUCUGGUCUUUUCCAGAAAACAAAAUGAAUCAUUUCAAAAAAUUGAAACUUUUUAUGGAAAUUAUUAAUUUGUUUAAAUAUGUAAUGCCCAGGAAACGACUUGGAAGAAGGAUUUUGAAAUUGUUAUCGAGUGCUGGUUUUGGCUUUGUCAAAGCAAUUAAAAUUUGGGACACAUCCCCCUUUUGUGUUUCUUGUCUUUUGGCACCCGCGUCGGGUUUCUUCUCGGUUGUAUAGAGUUCAGCGUCGUCUCAAAGGUCACUUGCGGCCUCUCCUUGCUUGUUUUACCCUAAAUUGUUUUUUGCCCCAAACUCGUUGCUUUUCUUUUGUGUCUACUAAUUGGGAUCAAUUCAAAGAUAAGCAUCGUAUUGCUUAUUCCGAUAAAUAAUGAUUGACUACUCUUAUAUGGAACUGAUCCCGGCUUCCUUAAUUUUCCGAUUUGCUCUUUUUAGCAUUAAGUUAACUUGUGUGCGUGUUGUUCAAGCGUUUGACCAAAACAAAUUUUCUCAAAGUAUUAUCAAGAGAUUACACCAGUCCUGAAAAUAGCUCCUAUUAGUUUCUUCCUUUACCUAACCCCACCCAUUUUCAUACAUUGUGUUAUGUUUCUUUUGUUAUGUUAUUAGUUAUCGAGUAGUUAAAAAAAUCAAAAACUUGUAAUAUUGUAAAUUAUUAAUUAUUAUUAAAAAUUAACAAAAAUUAGUGACAUUGUCAAUUAUUAAUUAUGAUUAAAAAUUACUAUUUAAUCAUUACCCACACCCACGACUUUUACCCACAACCACACCCACACCCACGACCCACGACUUCUACCCACGACCCACGACCCACGACGAUUAGGCAAACUCAGUCCAAAGACUCGCAUUGUCUUAAGAAAAACAAGCUGGAGUUUAUCAUUGUUUUUAUCUUGACUGAGUCACAAUGCAAUUCUCCACAGCUGAUGAAGCUUCAGUUUAAGCUGCAAUUCAUUCUUCUAAAUUCAUCUCUGUAAAUCGCUAUUCGUGAGAGUUUAACAUCCUGCAAACAAUUUAAAAAACUAACGAGCUGGGCCCAGCGUGAUACAACAUUGCAGGAAAACAUCACAUUCUCGGACUAGAAAGAAAAUCGCUUAGUUAUUCAGAUCCUGAGGCACUUUGGACAAAAAUAAAGAACCGAACAGCCUUUACGCUUCAAAAGAGGUCAAAGAAAACGCUCUUGCAUCAGAGGACAAAUCAUGAAGACCAGAAAUUCAAAAACCAGAGAAAAUCAAUAAGCGCGUCAUGACCUCUCAGUGUGAAACAAGCGGCUAAAAUCACAUUUGCUCAGUCAAAACAUAGAACCCUCUAGAGCAUAAUCUACUCGCCAGAAAAAAAACGUACUGGAACAAGCAGCAUUUUGGCAUGAGGUUAAAGUGGUGUAAGUAUUAGAACUGCGAGCAAAUCUUGUCCUGAUGACCAGUGUAGAAAUCGCUUUGACUUUCUCAUUGCGUAAUUGUUCCAUAUAAUAACAGUCAACGGCGAACUCAAAUUCAUUCAAAAUCGCUCAAAAAACCGCUUUUGAGGCAAAAGGACGACUAUACACCAAAGGCAAGGUAAUUCAAUGCUUAUUUAUCAUUGAUUUAUAUACAUAGUUAGCGAUAUAUCGCUAUAGGUGAAGCAAACGGUAAAUCCAGUACAUUUACUAUAAAAUAACCAUCGGCUACACAAACAGAUUGUGUGGGCGCCCUGUGCUCCAAUUCCAAAAGGGCUUCUGCGGAAACGGAAUAAACAUUAUAGACUUACAGUUAAUUGACAGGCAUCAAUCCACUUCCCUAUGCCGCACCAAUCAGGAACUCCGUUUGCCAGCGCAAGGAGUUUCCCAAAAGAACAAUGAUAUCGGGCAGGCGUAUUUUUUUCUCCCCUCCCCCUCCCCCCUUUCCUUCUUUUGCCCUCGCACCUACCGUAAGGGUUACUAUUUCUACUCUCCCCAAUCUUCCACUGUCAUAAAAUCAAAGAUGGCGGCUACAUACGAACACGAACAAUUAAGGUUUCGCCCACCAAAAAUACGCCUGCACUGCAGGCUAGGCCAUUCCCGUCGUGAUAGGAAUUUCACUUUUAAUCAAAACUAUCCAGCCAGAUCAGUCAAACCCUAAAUAGCAUGCACGAAGGAAAUAGGUUUUUAUCAAAAACUCUUGGAAAAAGUCUAUUCCAUUUUCAAAAUGGCCAGUCCAGCCACGGCCAGUUCUGACUUUUGGAGAGUGACUCAAGUUAAACAGACGAAAUAAAAGGAUAAUACUACUUUGAUGACCGCAAUGGGUGAUAAUUAAAUUAAAGUACUUUAUUCGUUGUAGAAGGGUCUCUCCCACUGAUAAUUGUUUCAUGUAUUGUCAAAGUUGCCAACAAAAAGAUGCGUCAGGCUUGAACAAAUUAAAAAUGCAGGCGAUGUGCAUUUUCCCACUCUCUUUUAAGUCGAUCCUUCUUCUCCUUUUUUGUAGCUUGAAAUGUUUUCAUUUGAUUGACUUUGGUGCUGCCCACCCUCUAAGAUGUUAAAUUUUUGUUUAGGAGAAAACUUUCAAUUGCAGAUACACUUAUGAUACCACCAAAUCAAAACGGUGGAAAUGCAGUGAUCUAUCAUAAUAAAUGUUUCUUCCUUAAUUUCUUUAAGAUACGCGAUACGAACAAACAUAAAGACAAUUAGCCUUCGAUCUUUCCACGGCAUUCAGGACCCUGGCUUCACGACUAAAAUGUAA